AUGGAUGAGGAGGAUCGCUACUCCGCGAGCUCGGCGGAUUCGGACCGCGACAACGACAACGAUAACGAGCCUGAGCAAGACAAUGAUGCGGACGAAGUGAUGGAGGAUGCCGAUGACGGCAAUGACGAUGUCGACGAUGACAACAACGACGAUGAUGACGACGACGACGCUGAUGGAGAUGGCGAGGGCGAUGGUGACGGCGAGGGCGAUGGAGACGAGGACAACAAUGACGACAACAUUGAGGGCGAUAACAAUGAAACCGGGGAUCCGAACACUGGAGACAAGGCGUCGAUCAGUGGUACAGCAAACGAGCCGUCACGGCAGGGUUCAGAGGCGAACGGUGACACGGGUGGGCGACAGGCCGAUCAAGAGGGUGCCAACGCAACCGCGACGACGCCUAAACCGCCGGGUCCGAAACGAAAGACUAUCGCACCGGAGGUCCUGACGGCGAGGACGUAUGAUGUUAUCCCUACAAUGGCCGCUCCACAAGCAACGAGCAUCAACGCCAUGGCCAUCACCCCCGACUUGCGAUAUUGGUUCACAGGGGGAUCAGAUGGGUAUAUCAGGAAAUACGACGGCCCCGGGACGAUCAAUGGCAAAUUACCAUUGACGGUCGCCCAGCGCCAUCCCUUUGUUGACAGCGUGACCAAGGCAGGCAUCCUCAUGUCGUACUGGGAGAAUGAAGAAAUAAAGAGCAACGACACAGAUCAAAUGCUUUCGCCGGUGUACUCGCUAGCUGUCCAGUCCCAGGCCCUGUGGCUAUUGUCUGGCACCGAGCUGGGAGGCAUUAAUCUGCAAUCUGUACGGCACGACGAAGGGAAGAAGAUCCACUGCCUCAGACAGCACUCGUCCGCUGUCAGCGUCUUGACACUCGCGCCGGACGAGACGAGUGUCCUCAGUGGAAGCUGGGACAAGACGAUCCUGGACUGGGACUUGAACACGGGGGAUGUUAUCCGAAAGUUUGACGGCAUGGGUGGACAGAUCUCGGCAGUAGAGCUACGGCCUGAGGGAGGAGACAUGAUACCUGUGGUGGAGGAUGAGCUACCUGCGCCGACGGGCACAAUUUCCACCAACAAUGGUGCCCCGCCUGUCAAUGGCAGCUUCGGCGACAAUCUGAUUGAUGGGCCUAGUGCGCCAAGGCAGGACUCGCUGUUCGGCAACGAGGGUCAGAACAGUCCAGCACACGAGAGCUUGUUUGGAGGCGGUAGUGACGACGCGGGCAGUCUCUUUGGAGAAACUAGUGGCGACCAGCCGUUUGGCAACGACGAGGACGACUACAGCAAUGAAAUGGGGAUGAACAUGAUGAACGCCGGCCAAGGCAACGACGACGGCAUGGAUCACUCGGCAGACAUGGCCAUGGCCGGCAUGGGAGGCCCCAAGGAUGAAGGGCCAGAUGGCCAGCAAAAAGAUGCUGACGGAAUGGACGUGGACACAAAGCCUCCGCCGCCAAACGAGUCGACGGAGUCUCAAACCGCAGAAGCGAACCAAAACGCACAGCAGAGUGACAUGUCGCAGGAGCAGCUCAAGCUUGCGAGUGAGCUGAAGCAAGAGGAGGGCAGUGGGCAGGUCGCCGACGCGUCAACGUCCCCUAAAUACGUGCAUCAGGACCACCCCUCCACAGGCGAUGAUCCAUCACUCAUGUCACGCGACAUCUUUCUCUCCGCAGCCAUUGACGGCUCGAUACGCAUCUGGGACCGACGAGUGCCCAAUCCUGUCGCAAAAAUUGGCACACGCGUCGGCGUGCCGCCAUGGUGCAUGAGUGCGUGCUGGAGUCCUAGCGGGAACAUGAUCUACGCCGGGCGGAGGAAUGGAACAGUCGAGGAGUUUGACGUGCGCAAGGCAAGGAGAGGGUGGGAACCGGAGCGAACACUCAAGUUUCCGGCUGGCAGUGGCGCUGUGAGCGCCGUGAAACCCAUGAUGAACGGACGGCAUCUUGUCUGCGCAUCGCAUGAUAUUCUGCGCCUCUAUGAUCUUCGCGAACAGCCCAAGGGAUCCAAGCAUGCCGCUGUACCGUUCUUGAUUAUCCCGGGGCCUCCUCGCGCUGGCGUCAUCUCGAGCCUGUAUGUUGACCCGACGAGCAGGUUCAUGCUCAGCGCAGCGGGGACGCGCGGCUGGGAGGGAACAUGCACGGAGGCAUUGGUCGGGUAUGAAAUCAACGUACCCAAGUAG